GGCUUUCUGUGGGCUAGCUCCCUCGUGUGGUCCAUUCAGCAGAGAGGCUUCAUUAAGCGAGGGCUAUGUCAUGAUUAGCUGCUGCAGGGGGGUUCUCCAUCUUUAUAUUGCAAGUUGUCCUGACUGUUGGACUUGAUGAUCUUGUGGCCUCGAUGCGCGGUAAUUAGCAGUUCCCUCCGUUAUGUAACUCUCCAUGAAGAUCGGUCUUGAUAGAUAAUAAGUUCUCUCGCAGAAAGCAAGUGACUUUCAUCCCACAUCCUCAGCAACUACAUAACUCAGCCCUCCUCGUCAUCAGCUCGGUUGGUUCGUUUUGAUCGCUUUCGACUCUCCUCUUACACUAAACUCGCUCAUCUCCCCACACAAGCACCAAGCGAAACCCAAGCUGACCAUGAGCAGUAAGACUACGGAGAGCCAGCUAUCCGGAUCCAAUACCGACGAUCCCACGGUCUCCGGCUUAUCGGCAUCUCAAUCCGCCGCGCCGGCCAAGGCUAUUGUAAUCCGCAGCAAACCUCAUCCGGCAUCCGGCGCACAGCCGGCGAGGAAGCAGCAGCAGCCUACAACCCACUCACUAGGCAAACUGACCUCGAAAGAGCAAGCACCCACAGAUGAGAUCAUUGUUAUCGACGAGAUGACUGAUGUUCCUUCUAGAGACCGGUGCUCGAAUCUAAACCUCAAAUCUACCGUCGGCGGAGGGAUUUUGAUCGAAUUAACUGAUACAUCUGAUUCCGAGCAGUCGACCUGUGCAGAUACUACCACGGUUACUGAAGAAGACGCGAAUAUGGCGAUCUCCGGACGUGACGAGUCGACGACCCAUAAUGGGCUUGGUAACGACGACAGAGAACGUUUGUGGAAGUGCGCGAUGGACGCAGACUUGAGAGGGGACCUUGCCGCCUCUGAAAUGUUUUGUCGACUGCUCAAAGUCGAAACCAAGCCCGUCAAUAUAAUAUCUACCAAGCCUAAACCCGCUCCACCACCUCCAAAACAUCGAGCCACGCCAGUCGCUAUUAAACGUAUUCCUCCAAAAAAAAACUCGGAAAGCAAAACUCCCGUUCCGCUCCCAGAAAAAGCCGUCCGUUUGGAUGAUAAGCCAGCCCAAGAGUCUGUCAAGCAAGGGGGCCUUGUGUUCACCUCAGGGGCAGUGCUAAAGCACACUAGUUCCGGAUUUAACGCGUUCUUUGAAAGAAACAUCCGAGAGCUCAAGUCGCCCUUACCAUUGACGAUAUUCAACAAAGAGUGGCAGGAGGCCUCACUCACCUGUCACGUCCACAAGCGGUCCAAAAACAGCAAAGAUCAUCGGUAUGCUGGCCAUUCCUAUCCGAGCGAAUGGUCCCAAAACUAUGCCUCCUGGACGAUGAACCACCGAAAUUUCCAUACGACGCUAAGGGACGUCUAUGGCUUGACUGAUUUUGCGGAUAAGAUGUUAAAACACAAAGAAAACGUGGAUCAUUUACACAGCGUUCACGGUUUCCUACCCGCUUUCCGAUACGAUCUUCUGAUGCGAGCAGAUACCUUCUCCCGUCGAGUGACCGUCAACGGCUUAACCACUGUCCCGGACAUCUCGAAAGUGAGGAAAGAUCUUUGGGAGACCUGUUACGCGCAAAGCCAAAGACUCGACGAGUUAAAUUUCAACGAAAACCCGUAUUGCGAGGGAGGCGUUCGGCACUCUUGGGACCCCUUGACUGGUGCUCGCAAAGGCGCCAGGGAAAACUUCCGCUCGAUGGUUCCUGAUUUGUAUCCAGAAAUCAACCAAAGCCCUCGGCCAUACAAACGCGCGCCAGACGACAAGCCCGUCGACGAUUACCCCGGCAGGUCGGCCAGAGGUGGAUUCGGAAUCGACCGUGGUAGAGAUAAGAGGAGCGAGCCGUUGUGGGAUCCCGCCGUGAGGGGACCCGCUUGGACUGAACAAUACUUGGUCCCCCGUGGCGACAGAUAAUGUCACUUAUAUAAUAAUACGGGCAGAAUAAUCUGCCUUUCGAACGGUCUCAAGAAAAACCAGCCAACGAUUGGUAAUAUUCUCGCCAAGAAUACUCGAUGUAUAUUAGUUUGGCCGCCGUUAUGUUUUCUCAGAGUGAUUGAAUCAAAACAAGAGUAUUAAUAAUAAUCGAAAACUUAGACAGGCCUUUACUCUAAUCUUACAAAUCAGUGACCGCCCUUGAUAAUAAUAUUUUAAAUGUAUGUCAGUGAUUUAUCACAACACUUUAUCCUGGUCUGAUUGAUCUAUUAAAGCCAUUCAUACACCAGUUGUUGAAGAAGAAAAAACAAAACGGACAGGUCCCUAAUUAGAGUAUCAGUGCAAAUCAACGGCCCUCACAGUUCGGCCCAUGAGCAUGUGAUGAUGGAAUCUAUGCGCCAAUAAAAAUGCCUUGUUGCAUCCCA